CACCUGGGGAAGCGGCACCGACGCUCUCCAGGUGUUGAAAAGCCAGUAGUAUUCUCAGAUAUCAAAACAAAAACUGCUGCGGUUUAACCCUUACCGUGAAGAAUAGUUCAUUGGUGAACCGGGGCUCCCCAGGGUAAGAUCCUGGGAUACUGGACCAGAUGUACCCUUUGGCAAUUGGCUACGACCUGUGCUGGAGAGACAUAUAGGAAUGAUAUAUUCCUGGGCUGUAUUUCUCCUUGGGAUUCAUCCAGUUCAUUCCAGAAACGCUGAUCCUCUGCUUACUGUGAAAUACCCUCGCUGAAGGUCUAAUGGACAAUGACCUUCUGGUGACUUUGUAGCUUUUUUUCUUCAUGUGAAAGUUGGAGGACAAAAGGAGGAAGUCAAAAAUUACCUGCUCUGGUCAGUAGAGUGCUGUACUUGGUUUCAGAACAUGGGCCCUCGCUUAAAGCUACAGCUGUGAUCCUCGGCUUUCUGUGGCAUUGAAGGGACCUGAUGUUUUACGUUAUUGGUGGCAUCACAGUGUCUGUCGUUGCAUUCUUCUUCACAAUUAAGUUCCUCUUUGAACUUGCCGCACGUGUAGUCAGCUUCCUCCAGAAUGAGGACCGUGAGCGCCGAGGGGACCGGACCAUUUAUGACUACGUGCGGGGAAAUUACUUGGAUCCCCGGUCUUGCAAAGUCUCCUGGGAUUGGAAGGACCCCUAUGAGGUGGGCCACAGCAUGGCCUUCCGAGUGCAUCUAUUCUAUAAGAAUGGGCAGCCUUUCCCUGCACAUCGGCCUGUGGGUCUGAGAGUUCACAUCUCCCAUGUGGAGCUAGCAGUGGAAAUUCCAGUCACCCAGGAAGUCCUUCAGGAGCCCAACUCCAAUGUGGUCAAGGUGGCCUUCACCGUGCGCAGGGCUGGGCGCUAUGAGAUCACCGUGAAGCUGGGUGGAUUAAAUGUAGCCUACAGUCCCUACUACAAAAUUUUUCAACCUGGAAUGGUGGUUCCUUCCAAGACCAAAAUUGUGUGCCAUUUUUCUACUCUUGUAUUGACCUGUGGGGAACCACACACCCUUCAGAUAGUGCCCCGAGAUGAGUAUGAUAACCCGACCAACAAUUCCACAUGCUUGAGAGAUGAGCACAAUUACAGUCUGUCCAUUCAUGAGCUUGGCCCUCAAGAAGAAGAGAAUACCGAUGUCUUGUUUGACAAGUCAGUGACAUCCAACAGACAGACUUGCCAGGUGUUCUUGCGACUCACCCUACAUUCUCGUGGCUGCUUCCAUGCCUGUAUUUCAUACCAAAAUCAACCAAUCAAUAAUGGCGAAUUUGACAUUAUCGUCCUAAGUGAGAAUGAGAAGAACAUUGUUGAACGCAAUGUGUCCACUUCAGGCGUGAGCAUCUACUUUGAAGCAUAUCUGUACAAUGCAGCCAACUGCACCAGCGCACCAUGGCACCUACCACCCAUGCACAUGAACUCUUCCCAGCGCCGGCCUUCCACCGCUGUUGAGGAGGAAGAUGAAGACUCACCCUCUGAAUGCCACACCCCUGAGAAGGUGAAGAAACCGAAGAAGGUGUACUGCUAUGUGUCACCAAAGCAAUUCUCAGUAAAGGAGUUCUACCUGAAAAUCAUUCCGUGGCGCCUCUACACCUUCCGGGUGUGCCCAGGAACAAAGUUUUCAUACCUUGGCCCUGACCCUAUUCAUAAGCUCCUCACACUGGUGGUAGAUGAUGGCAUCCAGCCCCCUGUGGAGCUCAGCUGUAAGGAGAGAAACAUCCUGGCAGCCACUUUCAUCCGCUCCCUCCACAAGAACAUAGGAGGCUCUGAGACGUUUCAGGACAAGGUGAACUUCUUCCAGCGAGAGCUUCGACAAGUCCACCUGAAAAGGCCACAUUCCAGAGUCACCCUGAAGGUCAGCAGACACGCCUUGUUGGAGUCGUCUCUGAAAGCCACUAGAAACUUCUCCAUCUCAGACUGGAGCAAGAACUUUGAAGUGGUUUUCCAGGAUGAAGAAGCUCUGGACUGGGGAGGACCUCGCCGGGAAUGGUUUGAACUGAUCUGCAAAGCAUUGUUUGAUACCACCAGUCAGCUCUUCACCCGAUUCAGUGACAACAACCAAGCAUUAGUGCAUCCCAACCCUAACCGCCCUGCUCAUCUGCGCCUAAAGAUGUAUGAGUUUGCAGGGCGACUGGUUGGCAAGUGUCUCUAUGAGUCCUCUCUCGGAGGAGCCUACAAGCAGUUGGUCCGAGCCCGCUUCACUCGAUCCUUCCUGGCCCAAAUCAUAGGACUGCGUAUGCAUUACAAGUACUUUGAAACAGAUGACCCAGAAUUCUACAAAUCCAAAGUCUGUUUUAUCCUCAACAAUGAUAUGAGUGAGAUGGAGCUGGUCUUCGCGGAAGAGAAAUAUAACAAGUCAGGCCAGUUGGAAAAGGUGGUAGAGCUCAUGACAGGUGGAGCUCAAACACCAGUCACCAAUGCGAAUAAAAUCUUCUAUUUAAAUUUGCUGGCCCAGUAUAGGCUGGCCAGUCAAGUGAAAGAGGAAGUGGAGCAUUUCCUAAAAGGCCUGAAUGAGUUGGUCCCUGAAAACCUGUUGGCUAUUUUUGAUGAGAAUGAGCUGGAGCUGCUGAUGUGUGGGACUGGAGACAUCAGCGUGUCUGACUUCAAAGCCCAUGCCGUGGUUGUUGGUGGUUCAUGGCAUUUCAGAGAAAAGGUCAUGAGGUGGUUUUGGACUGUGGUGUCCAGUCUGACCCAGGAGGAGUUGGCCCGGCUACUUCAGUUCACAACAGGCUCUUCUCAGCUGCCACCUGGAGGCUUUGCCGCCCUCUGUCCUUCAUUUCAGAUCAUUGCUGCUCCAACCCACAGCACGCUCCCCACUGCACACACGUGUUUUAACCAGCUGUGCCUCCCGACAUAUGACUCAUAUGAAGAGGUACACAGGAUGCUGCAGCUCGCCAUCAGCGAGGGCUGCGAGGGCUUCGGCAUGCUCUGAGCACUCUGCUGCCUCCCACUCAGCUCCCAUGCGCUCACUGGUGCAUGCUAAGAGACUUCAUGACUGUAGACCCUAACACUCAUAACUCUAGGCGAGGAGAUGCCACCUGU